AUGGCUCCUAAAAAGAGUAAAGCCGCAAAAGCAUCAUUAAAAAAAUCUGGAACAAUGGCAGCAACUGCAGCUGCUGGUCAAGAAUUUUUAAAACAAGCAUGGGGUGAAGAUAAAUUAAAUCGAGUUAAUGCCUUACUUGAAGCACGUGAUAAAUCAGAUACAAGUGAUGUUAAUGAUACAACAACUGCAUCGAGUACAGCUGCUGGUAGUAGUGCAACAACAACGUCUUCAAGUAAAACAAAAGCUAAACCUAAACUAUCAAAAGCACGUACAAUGAAAACUACAGCAAAAGAAGCUAAAACAUUAAUUGGUAAAGAAGUUCUUGGUGAUACACGUGCAGAAACUAAACGACGACAAGCAGCUGUUAAAGCUGAAAAAACUCUUCAAGAAGUAACUAAACCAACAACUGGACGUAGACCAGGAAUUAAACGACUUGGUACAAUGGCUAAUACAGCACGUGAAGGUAAAGCUUAUAUUAAACGGACUGCUGGUAAUAAACAGAAAGGUAAAAGUACAACUGGACGAAAACGUACAGGUCGUGGUCGAGCUAAACAAGCUGCGAAAUAA